AUGUUGCUCUACAGCGUCCUUUUUGCUGUCGUUACUGUUGUGUGUUCGGAACCAAGAGUGUGGUCACCAGUGUUUCCUAACGUUUCAUUCAUUUUUCGCGACAAUUACGAUGAGUUAGGUUGGCGUCUCACGAAACCAGAUUUCUUGCAGCUACGCGGUGGUGAUCAACCAGUUGUGGCUUUCUUCAUGCGUAAAGCAACAGAUGACCACACGUCGCGAAGCGAUCCCUAUCCGUUCUACUCCGUGAAUUGUACAGACUGCCAAGUCAAUGUUGCCUAUUCGUUCGACGGUGGUUGGACGUGGGAGCGAGACAGCACGUUUCUGAAGCUACCACCACUGAACUCUUCAAUGCAGUAUGGCUGGCGUGGAAGGGCUGGAGCGAGGGUAGUUUUGCAAGAACACGGAAGCGUGCCUGUGCUUCAUCUGUUUAUACCAGUGACAACAGAAUCAAGAAGCGGUCUGUAUCAUUUUUCAAGCAAUGAGAGUCUUCCUGAUACAAGAAACGUGGCGAUAAAUCAGAUACAUUCAUUGCCUCAAGAGUUAGAGCCAAAUGGAUUGGGAUCUCCUCCUCAUUCGCCAAUUGUUGUCAAUAAGGACAAGAGACUACUUGUGGCUCUUCAUAAAGUGACUAGAAGGGAAUCCUCAAGUGUUGGAGAAUCCAAUACAUUUGUGUUAUACUCAGACGACUUAGGAUGUUCAUGGGAAAUGGCUGAACCGCAACUUGUUGUUCCAAGUCCACUGGGAGGGGGCGGAGCUUGUGAACCAACUGUCAUAGAACUUAUGAACGGUACGAUUUGGAUGUUAAUUCGAAACCAGAAUCCUGUUUUGUAUCAAUCGUUUUCUUAUAAUCGUGGCACUACGUGGACACCACCAACUGCAUCGCCAUUUAUAUCGAACAACAGCCCAGCCAUCUUCAUCAGAUUGUCGGCUAGGAAACCAGGCAUUCUGCUGGUGUGGAACAAUGGAUUUAAUGUAAACGAAGUGUAUCAUCAUGCUGAGUAUGGAAUAGCUCGACAGGUCAUUCAUGCCGCCGUGUCAUAUGAUGAGGGUAAGACGUGGUCUGGCUUUAGAGAGCUGUACAGGGAUCCCCAUAUGGCUGAGCCAUAUAUAUAUGGUGACCACGGUUCUGCAUAUCCAGAGGGUGAAGAGCUUGUAAAUGGAACAAUAAUCUUGUCAACAGGACAAGGGGCCUUUCGUCAGGUUGUUUUACUGUUUGAUCCCGAAUGGCUGCUGGAGAAAGUUCAGUACACAAAGAUGGAUGAUGUCAUUAAUCUGAACGAUACGUGGGAUUACCAAGGCAACUACUUCACAACAUUGGAUACAACGGGACUCGACGUCAUUAUUGAUCCAACUAAUGCAUCAUGUAGCAGAGACCUAAAAGUUAUCAGAAUGCAAGAAAGCAAGGACUUAGAUCAUCCGCCAUGUCUUGUCUACAACUUCCUCGGUGCCAAGAAAGGUAGUCUUGCUCUCUUCUUUUACCCAACCUCAAACGAAACAUCAGUGCAGGUUAGUCUCAUGGAUUUCUUCACACUGCCGGCAGAUGUUGAAGUGGAGAGCAUGGCAACGUUUGCUUUGACAAUCACAAGUGACCCUGCUGCUAAGAAAGAUGGUCAUACCAUCUAUAUUACAGCAACAGAGUACCAUUACGUUGAGUUUGAUUGGGAUAUGCAUGCAGGAGUGUGCAACGUAUCUGCUGAUGACAACGUUAAGGAAACUCUUUUGAUGCGGCCAGAGAGUGAAGAUUUUACUCAGCAGCCUUCCUAUCUUCGUUUUAGACUUCUAUCUGGAAUGCUCUAUCUUCGCAGUAUCGAAGCCGAGGUGGCAUGAUUGUAACAGGUGGAUUUUUUGUUCUAUGUAGACAACCUCUUGCAUAGCAAGGGUAUUGAUUUUUAGAUGCAAUUAGUAAAUGUUGUUACUCCUAUUCAAUUGAGAUAAAUAGAUCUAGUUGCUGCACACAA